AUGUUUGUGGCCUCCAUCCUUGCCUCUGCCCUGCUCUUCGGUUCUCUUGGUUCUGUGCUGGACUGGAAAUGCAGCACCAAGUUGGGGAUCAUAGACACCAAUUUCCUUAUUGAGAAGCUGCAGGGAGACCCAGCCUCAAAAUGCAGCUGCAGCACCAAUGUGACCAGCUGCUUGUGUCUUCCCAUCCCAUCUGAUGAUUGCACCACACCGUGCUUCCAGGAGGGCCUGUCACAGGUGACCAAUGCCACACGCAAAUCCAGAUUCUCCGUUUUCUUCACUCGGGUGAAAAGGACAGUUGAAGGUCUGAAGAGGAACAAGUGUCCGUUUUUCUCCUGUGAAAAGCCCUGCAACCAGACCACGGCAGGCAACACCUUGUCAUUUCUGAAGAGUCUCCAGCAGACGUUCCAGAAGGCAGGGGAGCAAGCGCCGAAACGCCGAGCAUGA